UAAAAGUUGUUUCUCGUCUUUUAUGUACGACAUUACGCGUUCAUUUAUUCUUUUUUAGGCCCGACAAUUACAAACGUAAAAGUGUUUUUACAUUUAGCGUUAGCAUCACAUGAAGCGGCGAAUAUGGAACCCUUGAAUGUUCUUGUGUUAGGGGGUGUUAGCCCUUAUCUCCCAUGGUUCCAUACCCUUUAUCGUAUUCUAGUUUACGGAGAUGCUUCUGGACAAGGCUCCUCGAAGCUGUCAGCGCCAGUAAGCACUAGGCUCUUAGGCCAGCAGUAUCUCCCUCCCCCACACGAACUUUUAAGGGGGGGAGGGAGGGGGGUCCCGAACUAUGAAAGAGGUCCAUACAAUAUAUGCCCAUAAAAUGAGACACCGCCCCAAUUAAUGGAAUUAAUGGAAAAAGAAGGACGCUUACUUGUCAAUAGGGGCUUAGAGAUGACGUGACUGUUUUUGGCAAAUUUGCUCAAGCUUUUACCGGCAAAAUAACAGCAACAAAAAGCAACUUAUUCAGCGCUUAUAAAAAAGCCGAAAGGGUUAAGUUUCAUUUAAAGAUUUUAUUUUUUUCAUCGUUCUCUGGUGUGACGGGCGCAUUCUUAUUUUUCGUUUGAUUAUUUUUGUUUGAAUUUGCCACCAGAAAAAGGUCGCGUGAUCUCUUAGUCCAAGUCCACUAUUGCCACAAAAAACAAGUAUACUUUCGACUAAUGGCUUAUGUAAGCCAUUGCAGCUUACCAUAAUAAAACUCUUUUAAGGUCUGUCUAUCAACGCGGUUUCAUGAUACUGAUGGAUGCAAGCUAAUGCGUGAACAAGGACCUACUCUGCUUUAAUGGAAGCAAGUGCAAAUGUUAACGAUAUCUCAAGAGGUACGGCAGCUGGAUUUUUACUUUGAUUAACAAGAGCCGACUCAGUUUACCUUCAAGGAGUGUGAUGUUAUUGAAGUGUUUAUUAGAGUAGAAAUGUUAAUCGUAGUCACUAUACGGACUGCUUUUCUGGAAUACAGCUGGUUUUCUGCUCACUGCCCACAAUAAUGCGUUUUGACAGCAUCCCAAGUUUCUCCCUACGCGCGCCCAGAAUAUCAGCAGCGAUCGUAAAUUGUGAGUUUUCUCAGCAAUAAAAACACAGUUCACCGCUUUUUUUCAAGCAGGCUACACACAGGACACGUAAGGAACAACUUCAACCUUACAAGCUGCGCGAAAAAGUUGCCUUAGACCAUUAAUACAGGAUUCUCGACCCGAAGCCGAAGAUUUUUAGAAAACACAAGGUCAACCCAACUCAACUGUCAACGGUCAACCCAACUCAAAACUUCCUUUAUCUUACUUUAGCUUUAAAAUAGGCUGCUUCCGUUGGAAUCCAAUAACUUGGAGUCAUCUAAAUACAUGAACCCAUCACUAGUAAAUAUAGUAUCAAGACUCAAGUAACGGACUUCUCGUCUACUUUAAAGAGCAGUCACGACAAAUCCACUUUGAAUCUUGAAAAACCGCAAAACCACAGAAAACCCAACACAAAGAUCCAAAAAGACAUCUCAGCACAAGAGCCCCAAUUAAUCAAAUCCGAGAAAUAGUCCACAGGUAUCCCAUCAACUGUCACAAGGAUGCCAUGUAAUAGUAGUUCCGACACACCCUGCAUGCCCCCUACUCAGGGAUCCCUGUGGUACUGGUCCAUACGUGCCGUUAUUGCACUGGUAGGCGCAAUAGGUAAUGGGAUCGUGAUAUACGUCAUCGUGUCCACGCGUCGGUUACAGGUGCCCCCUAAUUGGUUUGUCAUGUCUCUCGCUGUCGCCGACCUGAGUGUGACUGUUGUGGUGGCUAUACCGGAGUUCAUGUGCUCUAGAUACUAUGAUUGUGAUUGGUGGGAUGUCAAGGUGUUAUACGAUGUCUGCCUCUACGCAUCCGUCCUUAACCUUUGCGCCAUGACCUUCGACCGCUACCUCUCAGUUGUUCACCCUCUUAAAUACCAACGCUGCCUUUCAACUGCCAAUCUAAUCGGUAUCCUAGCAGCCGCCUGGAUCACGGCCCUUCUAGUCCCUUUCCCAUACUACAUUGCGCUGCGACUUGAGUACUACACAGCCUUUAGCGUGCUCCAAAUGCUUGUUCGCUGUCUCCUGGAGAUGGUUCCGUGUGUUCUCUUACUAGCCACGUAUCUAAGGAUGUUUGUGAUCGCUCGGCGUCAGACACGUAGAGUAGAACAGCAGAGAAAUCAGCUCAGAUUUAACUACAACCUUCACGCGAAGUGCAUGACAUCUAGGACGAAUUCCUCCGUGCGCGCGGUAGGCAUUGUGGUCGGGAUUUUUAUCUCGUGCUACGCGGUGGCAGCCUACAAAGGCUGGAUGAACUAUGUCAGCUUUGUGGAGGUAGAUCAGGUCGUUGUGGACAUAGCGCGCAUGCUCUACCAUGUCAACUCCGCUGCUAAUUGCAUCGUGUACGCACUGUGUAGGAAGGACGUACGAAAGGAGGUGAAGAUUGCGUUAUGUGGGAAGAUGACGAGAGUGCAGGCGUUUGAGCUACGUGCUAUGACACAUAGCUCGAUUAUUGCGUGAUAACCUGUCAUGCAAUUUACGUUUAACACGACACGCGUAACGUAGUUGUCACGUAACUAAGCGAUACAUGUGCGAUAUGUACGCGAAAAGACACAUAGCUCACUAAUUGCGUGAUCACCUGUCAUGCAAUUCACGUUGAUCACGUCACGCGUAACGUUGUUGUCACGUAACUAAGUGAUACAUGUGCGAUAUGUAUGCGAAACGACACGUAGCUCACUAAUUGCGUGAUCACCUGU